ACUAUGCUUUUUUCUUUCUCCUUUCUUCCAUCUUCUUCCCUUUUCACGUCAUUAUCCUAAAAACUUGCAGAUUUUCACAUCCCAAACAACAUGAAGGGAAGGUUCAUGUUUCUGUCGGUGCUCCUUUGUGCCACUUUUCAUGUCUCCUUCUCUAUUAUCGACGGUUUAGUUGCCAACGGCAACUUUGAGUUGGGUCCAAAGCCCUCCGCCCUAAAAGGAACAGUGGUGGUGGGCGGGAGCCACUCGAUCCCAGAAUGGGAGAUCUCCGGCUUUGUGGAGUACAUAAAAUCCGGCCAAAAGCAAGGGGACAUGUUGCUCGUCGUCCCAGAGGGUGCCUACGCGGUGCGCCUAGGGAACGAGGCCUCCAUCAAGCAGAGAAUCAAGGUGAUCAAGGGCAUGUACUACUCCAUCACCUUCAUGGUGGCUCGCACGUGUGCACAAGAGGAGAGGCUCAACAUUUCCGUCACUCCUGAUUGGGGUGUGAUUCCUAUUCAGACUUUGUACACGAGCAGUGGUUGGGAUCCCAUUGCGUUCGGGUUUAAGGCAGAGAGUGAAACGGUGGAGAUGCUGAUUCAUAACCCUGGAAAAGAGGAGGAUCCCGCGUGUGGCCCGCUUGUUGAUUCCGUUGCUCUCAGGACUCUCUACCCUCCCAAAGCUACUAACCAGAAUAUACUAAAGAAUGGUGGAUUUGAAGAAGGACCCUAUGUGUUUCCCAACUCAUCUUGGGGAGUGAUCAUCCCCCCAAACAUUGAGGAUGACCACUCUCCCCUCCCAGGGUGGAUGGUUGAGUCCCUAAAGGCAGUGAAGUACAUAGACUCAGACCACUUCUCAGUCCCUCAAGGCAAGAGAGCAGUGGAGCUAAUAGCAGGCAAAGAGAGUGCCAUUGCUCAAGUUGCCAGAACCAUCCCUGGCAAAACCUAUGUUCUCUCAUUCUCUGUUGGGGAUGCUAGCAACUCCUGUGAAGGGUCCAUGAUUGUGGAAGCCUUUGCAGGCAAAGACACCAUCAAGGUGCCCUAUGAGUCCAAAGGCAAUGGAGGGUUCAAGCGUGCUGCACUCAAGUUUGUGGCGGUUACCCCUAGAACAAGAGUCAUGUUCCUUAGCACAUUCUACACCAUGAGAAGUGAUGACUUCUCUUCACUCUGUGGGCCUGUGAUUGAUGAUGUCAAGUUGGUGAGCCUGCGUAAACCAUGAUGCUAACUAGGGUGUGAGGCUAAUCAAUCGAAGUAUUAUAUAUAUAUAUAUAUAUAUAUAUGGGUUCAGAGCUAGCCUUUGAUUUUAUAUAGUUAGGAGAAUAAUUAAGAAUGUUUCUUAAUAAUUUCUGUCUUUUUUUCUCAAGAGGCCUGAGAGGUAAUGAGUUUGAUUUUCAUUUUAAUAUGAGAAAAAAAAAAGUGUGUAUAACAAGUAUCAUCUAUAUAUAGACGUAUAGUAUAUAUACGCUGGCGUGUUUCUAUAAAUCCUUUCAUGUACUUUGAAUAAAUGAUGCGAAAGAAAUAUAGAUUAUUCACAACCUUGCUUUAAUUUUAUGCUAUAAACAAUGUUUUACUUUAAUUAAUUAUCAAUUUGUCUU